GAGAGUUUUGUUUGAAGGUAACCUCUCAAUCUAAAAAACCCAAGCAGCAGAAUGAGAGGAGGAGGGAUGAAUGUUACCUGCUAACCCCACAGAGAGGGAGGAGCUCCAUUCUUCAAACAUCAGCAAAGUUAUAAGAAAGGUGUGUACUUAGAGCACUUCCUCAGUGUGGAAGUUCAAGCCACACAACGCUGAAGAUCUGUCCUGAGGGUGCUGUAGAAAGUCUCCAGAGGGUCAUUUCAUGGGGGAGAAUCCUGCCAAGAACCAUUAUGCACAGCUUAACCAGGGAGAGGAGAAUGAGAUGGAGAUUUUUGGCUACAAAACCCAAGGCUGCCGCAAGGCCUUGUGCAUUGCUGGAUACAUCUUGUCCUGUGGGGCUCUGCUGCUGCUGUUCUACUGGAAGCCGGAAUGGGAUGUGUGGGCAAACUGCAUCCCCUGCAGCUUGGAAGAAGCGGACAUUGUAUUGCUUAGAACAACAGAUGAAUUUCAGAUUUAUUCACGUAAGAGUGUGACGUGGAUCUCUGUGUCUGCAGUUAUCAAAAGUAAAUUGGAUUAUCCAGGCAUUGCUGAAGAAGACUCAAUCUUCAACGAAGCCUUAAUGAAGCCAAGUUUACAAGUGAAAAGUAUUCAAGUGCAGAAAAUCCGCUAUGUCUGGAAUAUCUAUGCAAAACAGUUCCAGAAAGUUGGAGCCCUAGAAGACCACCACACUUGUUCAGCUAUACAUGCCAAAUUUGGUUCUGGUCUCACCUGCAAUGAACAGAAUAUCAGGAGAGCGAUAUGUGGGCCAAACAGUAUUGAUGUUCCAGUGAUCCCUAUUUGGAAACUACUCAUCAAAGAGGUCUUGAAUCCAUUUUACGUGUUCCAGCUGUUUAGUGUGUGUCUGUGGUUUGCGGAAGAUUACAUGGAGUAUGCCACUGCCAUCAUAAUCAUGUCUCUCCUGUCAAUUUCUUUGACUGUAUACGAUCUUAGACAGCAAUCGGUUAAACUGCACAGACUGGUUGAGUCUCAUAACAACAUCAUGGUCACUGUCUGCAGAAAUAAGGAAGGUUUCCAAGAUCUGGAAUCACAUCAUCUUGUUCCUGGAGACCUUCUGGUUUUGAAAGAGGGCAAAGCCCUUUUGCCUUGUGAUGCCAUCCUGAUCAGUGGGCAGUGCAUCGUAAAUGAAAGCAUGCUGACAGGAGAAAGUAUUCCCGUAACAAAGACCCGCUUACCCCAAGCUGAUAACAUGAAGCCCUGGAGAAUGCACUGUGCAGAGGACUACAAAAAACAUGUCCUCUUCUGUGGAACAGAGGUCAUACAGACCAAGGGAGAUGACAGAGGAGUAGCGAAAGCUGUGGUGCUGCGGACUGGUUUCAAUACAGCCAAAGGAGAUCUGGUGAGGUCCAUUCUCUACCCUAAACCCAUGAACUUCAAGCUGUACAGAGAUGCACUUCGGUUCCUGAUGUGCCUCAUAGCAUUUGCAGCCAUUGGAAUGAUCUACACAGUGUGUGUAUUUGCACUUAAUGGGGAGGAGGCUGGAGAAGUAGUGAAGAAGGCUUUGGAUGUUAUCACUAUUGCUGUCCCCCCAGCCCUGCCGGCUGCCUUGACCACAGGGAUCAUUUAUACCCAGCGGAGGCUGAAGAAAAAGGGCAUCUUCUGCAUCAGCCCACAGAGGAUCAACAUGUGCGGACAGCUGAACCUCAUCUGCUUUGACAAAACUGGCACCUUAACAGAAGAUGGCCUGGAUCUCUGGGGCUUGCUGCCCUCUGAAAGAAAUUGUUUCCAGGACAUUCACAGUUUUCCUGCAGACCACAGACUGCCUUGGGGCCCACUGUUCAGAGCAAUGGUGGUUUGUCAUUCACUAAUUGUUUGGGAGGGCAAGAUCCAAGGAGACCCACUGGAUGUGAAAAUGUUUGAGUCAACUAACUGGGUGAUAGAUGAUUCCAGCAGACAUCACACUGGAGGUCAAGGAUCCACGCAUGCCACAGUUAUUAGACCUGGACCUAAAGCCAGCAGUGCCUCUGUGGAAGGAGUUAUCAUUUUACACCAGUUUCCAUUUUCUUCAGCCUUGCAGAGAAUGUCUGUCAUUGCUCAGGAAAUUGGUGGGGAAAAACAGGUCUUCACAAAAGGGGCUCCAGAAAUGGUAGCCACAUUAUGCAGAGCAGAAACAGUCCCAUCGAACUUUGAAAGCAAGCUUCUGUUCUACACAGCGCAGGGCUUUAGGGUCAUUGGACUGGCAUGUAAGUCUCUACAGACAGGGAGGCAAUCUACUGAUCUAACAAGGGAGGAGGUGGAAUCAGAUCUGACAUUCCUAGGUCUGCUGAUAAUGGAGAAUCGACUGAAGAAAGCGACAAAGCCUGUACUAGAAGAGCUCAGUGCUGCCCACAUCAGGAGCGUUAUGGUCACAGGUGACAACAUUCAAACGGCUAUAACUGUUGCCAAAAAUGCUGGGAUGAUUUCUCCAACAAAUAGAGUGAUUCUUGUGGAAGCAAACAAAAUACCUGGAUCUUUUUUAGCAUCUGUUACCUGGAAACCACUAGAAGAAAACAAAACUGAAGAUUAUGGAAGCCUGGAAGAUGACAGUCAGACUGAAAGAAGAAUUAGGCUGGCAGUGGGAUCAGGCCAGUACCAUUUUGCCAUGAGUGGAAAAUCUUAUCAAAUUAUAGCACAGCAUUUCAGCCACUUACUUCCAAAGCUUCUGCUGAAUGGAACAGUUUUUGCUAGAAUGUCUCCUGGUCAGAAAUCCAGCCUUGUAGAAGAGUUUCAAAAGUUGGAUUACUUUGUGGGCAUGUGUGGAGAUGGAGCCAAUGACUGCGGGGCUUUGAAAGUGGCGCAUGCAGGGAUAUCGCUGUCAGAGCAGGAGGCAUCUGUAGCUUCACCUUUCACAUCCCAAACCCCCAGCAUAGCAUGUGUGCCAGAGCUAAUCAGGGAAGGUCGUGCUGCCCUGGUCACUUCCUUCUGCAUGUUCAAGUACAUGGCACUGUACAGCACCAUUCAGUACCUUGGUGUCCUCCUACUGUACUGGCAACUAAACACCUUUGGGAAUUACCAAUUUUUGUUCCAAGAUCUGGCUAUUACUACUGUAAUUGGUGUGACAAUGAGUUUCACAGAUGCCUACCCAAAGCUGGUUCCCUACAGGCCUCCUAGCCAACUCAUCUCACCCCCAUUGCUGCUGUCUGUUGUACUUAACAUCCUCUUCAGCCUCAGCAUGCAAAUUUUUGGAUUUGUGAUGGUGCAGAAGCAGCCCUGGUAUUCCAAGACGGAUAUACACAGCGCCUGCCUCUCAGUAGACAGCCACAUGGAGAAUUCUUCCUCUGUUUCCAGCCUGGGCCUCCAUGGGAUGGGAGAUGGAGCCCUAAAUGAAGCAGACAAUGGCUACAAGAGCUAUGAAAACACCACAGUGUGGCUACUGAGUACCAUCAACUGCCUCAUUGUUGCUCUAGUGUUUUCUAAGGGAAGGCCUUUUAGGAAACCUAUCUACACAAACCAUGUGUUCAUACUGGUGCUCACGGGGCAGCUGGGUGUUUGCCUCUUUCUGGUGUUUGCUGAUAUCGAUGAUCUCUACUCUAAGAUGGAUCUUGUUUGCACCCCCACCACCUGGCGGAUCUCCAUGGUGAUAAUGCUUGCAGUCACACUCGCCGUGUCCUUUCUUGUCGAGGAAGCUGUCAUUGAGAACAGAGCCUUGUGGCUGCUGCUGAAAAAGACUUUCCGGUACCACUCGAAGAGCCAUUACAAGAGGCUGCAGCGGGUGUUAGAGCAGGACUCAUCCUGGCCACCUCUGAAUGAAACCUUCUUCUCAGAUUCUGUGGCAAUAUCAGUAGAGGAAAAUAUGGGAGGCCAUAGCAAUCCAACAUUUGACAGCAAUGAGGACACACUCUGAAGGAAACUGCGGAGGACACAUCGAGGACAGUUGCAGUUGGCUAUAGAAGGACUAUCUCAGAGACAUAAGAAAAGAGGAAGGAUUGACCAACUGCUACCCCCCAUUCUAAGCCUAACUGGUCCUGGCUCAUUUUUUAAUCAACCAGAUGCAGAAAAGUUGGCUAGUAGCAUGAAGCCAUAACACUGUUACCUUCUCUCCCUUCACCCACAUAGGAAUGGCCAGCUGUACAUGGAGCAGCCAGUUGAAGACUGUCCAAGUGCCCAUGGUUGAAACACCAUUGCUGCAUCCUUCUCACGAGCUGCAUUAUGCAGUGGUGUCUUUCAGGGAUGCUUUUCUCAUUGUGCUGAACUUCUACAGUAUGUAAAUGCAACAGCACCAAGCAUUUCCGCAAGGUUUAUCCAACCAAAAAAAUCAGCUUCCACCAGCAUGUGUUUUCUUAGCCCUCUGAUGCUAGGCUGACUUCCUGCUUACCAGAUUUUACAGCUCUGUCCACAGCUGGGUACAACAAGACGUCAGUCAGUGAGGCUUAGGACCAAGAAGAACAGUUCAUUCUGUGGAUAAGGUCUGCGUGGGGAAGUUGUCCCCUCCAACUGACUGCACAAUUUGUUUUUCACAGCUGUAGCUUGCCCAUGCAUUUCCUGUGUAGGGUUAAGGAGCACUUUCUGACCACUUCAACACAGGAGAUUAAAUGUUCCCACAAUCCAAUGCUAAACCGGUCUUGCAUUGCCACAGAAACUCAAGGAAUUGGGCAGAUUGGGAAUCGUGGUAAAGACUACUUUGGUCUUUUAAAGUAGCGCUGGAAAACCAAAUGCAAUCACUGGAGAUUAUGCAUUGUUUUUAUUCAACUUGUCUAUCAGAACUGUGUUUGAAAAGAGUUUAGCAUGCAUAAAAAAUAACUAAUACUAUUUUUCUAAAAAGAAAAAGUUUCAACUUGAAUAAAGCAUUUAUUUGACUCAGAGCAUUUAUUUCCUCAUUUUAGACAACUUUGACACAAGUAGAUGGGUUAAAUACCUCCUAACCUACUGCAAUUUAUCUAAUGGUAAAUACCUACCACAAGGCCACAUAACGUGACACAAACCAGAAGUGGUUCACAUUUGUUCAUGAAUAUCUCUCCAAAGUUAAGAAGCAUUCCCAGUUUGCAACAAAUCCCAUUGGUAGGUGAAAGCUAGAGGUUUUAUUUCUUGCUCUAUGCAGUCCUUGCAGCUUCAGGAGAAAGCAUAAGAGUAGGUUAGUGGAGUUAUUCCCGCCAUCCGCUGUUUGGGGUACAGUAACAAU